AUGACCUUACCUAAAGGCGGGAUUACGACUUAAGCCACGUUUUGACACCACGUAUUUUCUUGAGGUCUCUCCAAAGAUGGUUGUAUAUCACGACCGAAACCUAAUCAUCAACUACAUUCCAACAUCAGUUACAGAUGCUGAUUUGACCAACUUGUUCUCAUCUGUCGGUGCCAUUAAAACCUGCCGGAUAAUUCGAGACCGAAAUAACGGGUCCAGCUUUGGCUUUGGGUUUUGUGAGUACGAAGAUUCCGACUCUGCUCAUAAGGCUAUCACACGCUUUAAUGGUUACCGAAUCGCCGAUAAGAUUCUGAAAGUUUCACUAGCUAAGUUGCAAGGACGACUUUGUCAAAGCUCAAAUUUAUACGUUAAAAAUUUCCCACCUACACUCACCGAACACGAUUUGACAACAGAAUUUGGACAGUUUGGUCCUAUUGUCCAGUGUCGUAUAUUGCGUGAUCACGAUACGAAUGUUUCUAAAGGGAGUGCCUACGUACUGUUCGAGAAUCCUGCUGAUGCCGAAGCAGCAAAGCGUUCUCUAGAUGCACGUGUCUGGCCCGGAUCUACUGAUAAUCAGAUGUUGUCUAUAAAGUUUGCCACUCCACCUUAUCGACAAUCGGUUAGUUUGACAAAAUCCAGAAACAACUUCAGAAGACCAUUUUUGCAUCAACAAAAUCUGCGAAACGGUCAGUUGUCUGCUCACUUAUCACCGCAGUCAAAGCCUUCAGUUCCUGAAGUUUAUACACCUUCCUGUCCACAAUUACCUUACAUUCCUAACAAUUUAUGUACAGCAUUGGCCCACUCUGUCCAGGGGUCACUAUUGCAAUCUCCUGUUAUCCAACCACAACUAAAUCCACAGGGUCUGUUAUGGAGUAAUGAUUACUCCAAUAAUGAGUAUCAGAAUCCCUCUUCUGCCUUAAAUGUAACUUCUGGUUACUUGGCCCCGUACUUCUAUUCACAACAACCUUAUCCAAAUCUUUGGCUACCUCUUCAACAGAACUAUCUUAAUCAAAUCCCUUUGAAUACUUUAUGUACAAAUCAGUUGGAAAGUUAUGGAAAUUCAGUCCAAGGUUGUCCUAUAAUUACCAACGUUCAAAAUACAUUUUAUCCUACUUCAAGUCAGCAACAAUCCAAUUUACCUACUAAGAUAUCUGAUGUGACUUGUAAGCAAUCAAACAACUUUUCCCAUUUCAGUCGGCCGAAAUCCACUAAAAUUGACAAAAAUGAAUCUACAUCUGUAUACAUAUAUAAUAUUGGAAACAUGACUGAAGCACAAAUAUUUGUUCUGUUCUCGCAGUUUGGACCAGUCUUAAAUGUUUCUGUACCGAAAGAUUACAAAACAAAUUCCUCCAGAAACUUCGGUUUCGUUACGUAUAGUAAUUUUCAAAGUGCCCAAAACGCUAUAGAUAUAAUGAACGGAUCACUUUUAUCUGGUAGGCGAUUACAGGUUUCAUUUCGUCAAAGUAAAGGAAAGUGGACUAAAUAUGGAAGUCUCAGUAACAGUAACACUUUAGAAAAACCUGUUUCGAAACAGAAAGAGAACAUUCCAGACUCUGGAUGUCACAGUCCGCAGUUGUCAAGUGAAAAAUUAGAUGUUACUAAUAUUUUACCUUCCAACAAUCUCCAAGUUUCAGAGACGAUCGAGGCAUUAGGGAAUUUGAAUAUAUCUAAUGGAAACAAUAUGGCCUCCUCUAAAGUCUAACAAAAUUAUGUAAACUAUACAUCAAAAAGUUAAUUUACCAGACUAUGAGCACGAACGUAUUUUUUUCUUGUGAAACAUUUACUUUAAUUUCAAUACAUUUUCCAUAUAAAUGACACCAUGUACAUAUACAUACAAUAUUAAUUUUACUGACGAUAAAUGUUUAUUAUUACAACGGAA